AAAAAAUAAACACACAAAGAAAACCGAAAAAGAGAAAACAUGGUGGAACAUAGUGACAACAACAACGUUCAUGUGUUAGUGAUCCCAUAUCCAGCACAAGGACACAUUAGUCCACUAAUCCAAUUCUCAAAACGAUUGGUUUCAAAAGGCAUCAAAACAACAUUUGCAACAACACAUUACACUGUUCAAUCCAUAACCGCACCAAACGUAUCCGUCGAACCAAUCUCUGAUGGGUUCGACGAAUCCGGUUUUACACAAGCCAACAAUGUUGAACUCUUUCUCACUUCAUUCAAAACCAAUGGUUCCAAUUCACUCUCAAACAUCAUUCAAAAAUACCAAAAAACUUCAACACCAAUCACAUGCAUUGUCUAUGAUUCUUUUCUACCUUGGGCACUUGAUGUUGCUAAACAACAUGGUAUUUAUGGUGCUGCUUUUUUCACUAAUUCAGCUGCUGUUUGUAACAUUUUUUGUCGUAUACAUCAUGGUUUGAUUGAAAUUCCUGUUGAUGAAUUGCCUUUGGUUGUACCUGAUCUUCCUCCAUUGAAUUCUAGAGAUCUUCCAAGUUUUAUAAGGUUUCCUGAAAGUUACCCUGCUUAUAUGGCAAUGAAAUUGAGUCAAUUCUCAAAUUUGGAUCAAGCUGAUUGGAUGUUUGUCAAUACAUUUGAAGCUUUAGAAGGAGAGGUUGUGAAAGGGCUAACUGAGCUUUUUCCAGCUAAAAUGAUUGGUCCAAUGGUUCCUUCUGCUUACUUAGAUGGAAGAAUCAAAGGAGACAAAGGGUAUGGAGCAAACUUAUGGAAGCCAUUAAGUGAAUAUUGCAUUAAUUGGUUAAAUUCAAAGCCAUCACAAUCAGUGGUGUAUAUCUCCUUUGGAAGCAUGGUUUCUUUAACAUCAGAACAAAUAGAAGAGCUGGCUUUGGGAUUAAAAGAAAGUGAAGUAAAUUUCUUAUGGGUUUUAAGAGAGUUAGAGCAAGGCAAGUUACCAAAGGGGUACAAAGAUUUUAUCAAAGAAAAGGGUAUAAUUGUAACAUGGUGUAACCAACUUGAAUUAUUGGCACAUGAUGCUGUUGGAUGUUUUGUGACACAUUGUGGUUGGAAUUCAACACUUGAGAGUCUAAGUCUUGGUGUUCCUGUUGUGUGUUUGCCACAAUGGGCUGAUCAAUUGCCAGAUGCAAAGUUUUUAGAGGAAAUUUGGGAAGUUGGUGUGAGGCCAAAAGAGGAUGAAAAUGGUGUUGUGAAGAGAGAAGAAUUUAUGUUGAGUUUGAAGGUUGUGAUGGAAAGUGAAAGAAGUGAAGUGAUUAGAAGGAAUGCUAGUGAAUGGAAGAAGUUGGCUAGGGAUGCUGUUUCUGAACGAGGUAGCUCUAAUAAAAAUAUUGACGAGUUUGUGGAUCAUUUGAUGAACACAAAUAAAAAAGGAAAUGAUUUGAGUGGUUACUAGAGUGGUCAUUUUCUUCCAUGAAUAAUAGUGAAUUUGGUUAGAUUGAAUUAUAAAGAUUUAUGUGGUUGUAUGAUGUUAUUUGUUCCUUUGAAUCAUCUUAGACAUGGUAAAAUUCUUCAAUAAUAUUUGUAGCGAAACUGAAAUGUGACAUUGCCAACCACAUAAAAUGUUAGAAUUUGGAAACCAUUUGACCGUAA